AGCUGAGAGCCACCUGGAGGAAAAAAGCCUGUAGUUUAAAGUGAUCUGGGGCUACAGCAGAUGGGGAGCCCAGCCUGUCUUAGAGGUGCUGCAGGGCUGUUGGUUUAGCUUUCAAGAGUUUUGAACCUGCCAGCAGAACAUUUGAUAAAGUCAAUAUCUGCAGUCCCUGUCUCUAAAAACCGGCCAGGUGCUGAUUUCCAGCUAUUUGUGGGUUCUGUGGUAGAGAAUAAGUCUAGUGAUUGCUCAAAGCCAGAUCUUCAGCUUCAAACUCAGAGGCUAGCAGAGAAGGUACACUGGCACAUUCUUUAGGUUAGUCAGGACCAGAGAGGGCUGUGAAGAACUUCAGAAAAACCUAAACAAGCUAGGUGAAUGGGUAACACAAUGGCAAAUGAACUAAAAUGUGAUUCGGUAGUGAGCGAAAUCAGCACUGGUCCAGGAACAGUGAAUUUUACAGUAAAUAGGGAAUUAUUAGCAAAGACUGUGUUGCAGCAGGUAUUUAAAGAUGGCUCAGAAUAUGGAAUAAAAAGUGAGGUUUUCUCUACUCUGACCAGAAAAAAGAUAGUGAUUGAGUUUAGUUCACCCAAUAUUGCCAAAAAGUUUCAUGUAGGACACUUACGUUCCACAAUAAUAGGGAAUUUUGUAGCAAACCUCAAAGAAGCACUUGGACAUGAAGUAACAAGGAUAAAUUACCUUGGAGACUGGGGCAUGCAAUUUGGUUUACUGGGAGCUGGGUUCCAACAGUUUGGCAAUGAAAAAGAGCUAAAAUCCAAUCCUUUACAACACCUUUUUGAAGUAUAUGUACAGGUUAACAAAGCAGCAGAAGAAGAUGAAAGCAUAAAGAACCUGGCACAGGAUUUCUUUAGAAAACUGGAGGCACGUGAUGAGCAGACACUGUCAAUGUGGCAACAUUUUAGAGACUUCAGUAUUGAAGAGUAUGUCCGGAUUUACAAGCGUCUAGGGGUGCAUUUUGAUGACUAUUCGGGAGAAUCAUUUUAUCAAGAGAAGUCCCAGGAAGUUCUGAAGAUGUUAGAUUCUAAAGGACUCCUUCACAAAACAAUCAAAGGAACAAAAGUAGUGGAUCUUUCUGAAAAAAGAGACCUCUCAUUGUGUUCCACUGUAAUGCGUAGUGAUGGGACAUCUCUUUAUAUAACAAGAGAUAUUGCAGCUGCUAUAGACCGAAUGAAUAAAUAUAACUGUGACACUAUGAUUUAUGUGACAGAUAAAAGUCAAUUUACUCACUUUGAACAUCUGUUCCAAAUACUGAAGCUCAUGGGCUAUGAAUGGGCAGAAAGGUGUCAGCAUCUGUCGUUUGGUCUAGUGCAGGGGAUGAAGACAAGAAAAGGAGAGGUGGUUUUUCUGGAAGACGUAUUAAAUGAAGCUUGCUCAAGGAUGUUACAAAACAUGGCUUCUGCAAAAACAACCAAAGAACUGGAAAACCCUCUUGAGACUGCAGAAAAGAUUGGGCUUGCAGCACUCAUAAUUCAGGAUUUCAGGGGUCUGCUAUCAUCUGAUUAUAAGUUUAGCUGGGAUCGGGUUCUCCAAAGUCGGGGAGACACAGGCGUAUUCCUGCAGUACACACAUGCUAGACUCCACAGUUUAGAGCAGAUGUGUGGGAAUGGGAAACUGACUGACAUUAAUACAGCUUGUUUACAAGAUCCACAGGCCAUCUCCAUCCUACAGCAUCUUCUCAGAUAUGAUGAGGUCCUGUAUAAAUCCUCUGAAGAUCUUCAGCCUAAGCACAUUGUCAGCUACCUGCUAACACUCAGCCAUCUUGCUGCUGCGGCUCAUAAAACACUCCCUGUGAAAGGCAGUGCCCCUGAACUAGCUCAGGCGAGACUCUGCCUCUUCCAAGCUGUACGCUCAGUUCUAGCUAAUGGAAUGAAACUUCUUGGAAUCACGCCUGUAACCCAAAUGUAA